GACUCGAUUGUCGUACAACCCAGUUAACAGUCUCUUCUUCCAUUUUUGGCACAAUCAGUCUCUCUCUCCCCCUUCCCCUCUUUUCUCCCUUUCUUUCUACAGGGUAUUUACUGUAUGGCACCAACGAGUCUACCUCCAGGAUUCAGGUUUCAUCCAACGGAUGAGGAGCUUGUGGCUUACUAUCUGGAUAAGAAAAUCAAUGGUGGAAAUAUCGAGCUUGAAAUCAUCCCAGAAGUUGAUCUCUACAAAUGUGAACCUUGGGAUUUACCUGAUAAAUCUUUCUUGCCCAGUAAAGACAUGGAAUGGUACUUUUACAGCCCCCGGGAUCGGAAAUACCCGAACGGAUCGAGGACGAAUCGGGCCACACGGGCAGGAUACUGGAAAGCAACUGGAAAAGACCGGACAGUGCAGUCACGGAAACGGGCUGUUGGCAUGAAGAAGACACUGGUUUAUUACAGAGGGAGAGCACCUCAUGGCAUCAGAACCGACUGGGUAAUGCACGAGUAUAGACUCAGUGAGUCCACCUGUGGCACUGCAUCAAGUUUAAAGGAUUCUUAUGCAUUAUGCCGGGUUUUCAAGAAAAACAUAUAUAUACCUAAAACAAAAUUCGAGGAACAACGCAAGGGUAUGAAGGAGACGGACGAACAAUUUAUGUGGGAUGACACCAGCGGCACUGAAACUUCACGAGAGAGAGAAGCCAAUGACGAAAAUGCCCUAAAAAAUCCUGAUUAUUGUUCCAAAUUACCAUCUUCGGCAUCCUCUUCAGAUCUCACUCAAGGAACACCAAUUGCAGCUACAUGCUCAAAAGAUAAUUCCCAAGCUCAGAUUGCAUUAGAUGAAGUAAACAGUUCAAAUAAUUUUUAUUCCUUUGGCUCUGGAGACCUGCCAAGUUUCGGUCAGGUACAUUCUUAUUCAUGACUUAAUUUCAAGAAUUCAUUUUAUGCCCACACAAAAGACAUUCUCGAGUGUAGAAUCUUUGCUGAUUUUUGUUUCUGGUCCCAUCUUUAGUCAAUCUCUAUUUUGCAAGUGGGGUUUCUCCCUUUAUAGGUAGAUGUCUAGUGAAAAUCUUGCAAUCAGCCAUAGAAAUUUUCGUUGCUAAUGCCUUUUACUAGUCGAGAAGAUCUCAAAUAAUUUGUUGUGACAAACAUGUUUGUUUCACACAGGGAAAAGCAAACUUAGCAUAUAGCUAGGCUUGAUAUGGUCCACAGAAAUGAUUCUUUGAGCUUCUCUUUUGAUUUAAAGUGACAAAAGUUUGAAGACAAUGAACUAAACAUCUUUUGUUAAAGCAUCCCCUCUAAAAUUCUCUAGACUGAUUCCAAUGGUUUUCUUCACAAUUCCCCAUAACUUCUUUUGACUGAUAAAAUAUACUCUUUCCCCCCUUAUUUUUUUUA